AUGGUGACUGUAUUUACAUUUGGGCAAUGCAGCCCUGUUAUUAUACGCGGUCCAGCGUCCGGUGAAUAUGCAUCCCUCCAGCUCUGCCAUUUGCAUAGUUGGCAGCUGACGGCUCAUUGGAGCGCCGCGCUACCUCGCUCUUUAUGGCACGACCGCGGCGUCGCUCCCGCCGACCAGGCGGGCGAGCGGCCGCGGCGCCCCUCGUGGCAGCAGCCGCAGCCGCAGCCGCCGACCAGCAGCGUACUGCUGGCCAACUUCGACACCAGCGUACAGCAGAUACGGGACUGGGUGAGCGCUGAGGUGGAAAUGCUGCGAGCGCAGGCGGUCGCCGUGGGCGACGUGGACGACAUCGCACAGCAGUUGGACAAACAGAAGGGUGUGCUGCGGGAACUGGAGCAAAAGAAGCCACAGCUGGACGAACUUCUGCACACCGCGGAGAGCCUCAAAGGCACCGAGAACCGGCAGCAGCUGCACGGAAAAGCAGCCGUAGAUCUCGUAUCUGGCCGAAACAGCCGCCUCACUACGGCGUCCAUUGAAAAAGGCGGCGGUAGUACUCGAGCGCGAGGCUGGGGCGCGCGGGGCGGCUGCGGGCGGGCGGGGGUCAUGAUCGUUACCGUAUGGGCGGGCGGGGGCCAGUCGCCGCCCGCCCUAGCGUCGCUCCGCACGCGUCGCACGCGGCGUCCCGCGCCUCUAGCCUCUACGACAUAUCACUGUUUACCC